AUGCAAAAGGCUAGUCCGCAGGAAACAACUGGACACACACGAGAACAUGUGCACAUACACGAACACCACCCCAAAACUCAACACAAACACGCCACACAAACCAAGCACAAUCACACGAACCCCAUCACCUACACAAAAACUGAUCGCCAGAGUGGAAAAAGCGCUGGACGAAGCAGAAAAACUCGACACGUGGACUACAGCCAGCACAAACCAACGAACGACCACCAUACACACCAACGCAAAACACCCCGAAAGCAUCACCACACACCGCAGAUACACCCAAAAACACACAAAAUACCGAAACACGAACAUAACUCCACACACGAUACGCCACCACACCAAAAACUCUACAGACGACAUACCGGGACCAUCUCUAGAAACUGA